AUGCAAAAUAUUUCCAUUUAUUCUUUUUUUUUUUUAUUUCUAUCCUCAUAUCCCCGUCUAUCUGUUGACAUAUUUCUUUCUAUUUCACAGUUUCUCGUUGUUUUAUUUCAAAGCCAUUACCGUUCUAUCUCUUGGCCAAUCAUUUUACUCUUUCUCUUCGCAAUCUCCUUGACCAUGUUUGUCCUUGUUUGUCAUUCAAAGCUGUUAUUCUUCUCUCUCUCUCUCUCUCUCUCUCUCUCUUUCUCUCGUCAUAUUUCUUUUCUUCUUUCUCUUUCUCAAUUUCCUCUCAAGGACUAUCUUGUUAUAUUUCUUCAUUUCUUAUACCUGAAAGCAAUUAACAAUUUUGUCGUUUUUAUUAAUUCUUUUUUUUCUUUCAAUAUGUCACUUGGAUUCGAUGAGACACCGCCCAUCAUUCUGUUUUUAUAUCUUCUCUCGCAUCACCUAUCUAUAUUUUGCCUCUUUUAUCUUCUUUCUGUUUUGCUACCCCUGGUUGUCUUUCUUUUCAAACAUAAUGCCCCUCCCUCUUUUUCCUUUAAUAUAUAUUCCUCAGUCUGCAGUCUGCAGUCUGUCUCUCUCUCUCUCUCUCUUCCUAUAUUACCUUCUUUCUUCUGCAGUCUGUCUUUCUCUCUCUCUCUCUCUCUCUCUCUUCCUAUAUUACCUUCUUUCUGUUUUGCUACCCUAGGCCCCUCUUUCUUUUCCUUUAAUUUAUUUUCCUCUCUCUCUCUCUCUCUCUCUCUCUUUUCCUAUCUCUGGUUGUAUCUUUUUUUGUACCCAGCAACUCUCCUUUCCUCGUCAUAUUUUUCUUCAUGCUUUCUUUCUCUGCACUACCUUUCCAUCUAUCCGUUUUUUUUUCUUUUAAAUUGUUUGUGUUCUUUUUCGAAGACAUUACCCUUUACCUCUUUCAUUUUACUUAUUUCUCUUUUUCUUUUUCGAACUCAUUUUAUUUCCUUUCUCAAAGCCAUUUUUCAUGAUUUUUACAAUCUAUCGCUUCUUUUUUUCUUCUUUCGCUAUCCAACGUCGUCUUUCUUUUCAAAUACAUUGAUCUCUAUCUAUCUUAUUAUACUUAUUUCUCUUUCCAUUUUCCCUACACAUUUUAUAUCCUUUCUCAAUAUCAUUUCUCCGCAAACUACUGUCUCAAGUAAUUUUCCUUUUCUACUUUCUCUUUUCUUCUCUCUCAUUACUUCUUUAUUCACGUUCAACCCAUUCUCAUCUGUUCUGACUCUUUUUAUUUUUAACUUUUCAUCAUCUUUUUCGGCAUCCAUUACCUGUAAUUUCCUUUGUUUCUUUAAUUUGUACUCUCUCGAUCGCUUCUUCUCUCACCGCUCAGUUUCUAAAGUUUCUUUGUCGUUUUUCUCUUUCUUGAUGUACUAUCUACUUUCGUAUGUACUUAUUCGUUUUUUUUUCUCGUUUGAUCACCUUGAGUUCUUUUCAUCCUCUUUCCCUUUUUCACAGUCUUUCUCUUCUUCAUUCGCUUUUGAUUUAUCUACCACUUCUCCUUUCCAAAUGUACGCUAAUUUUUUCACUAUCAUUUUUUUCUUCUUUCUCUACCGUCGCAACGUCUAUUUUCUUUUAUGA